AUGAACCGCACGGAAAUUUCGAUCGACAAUAUUCGCGUCCUAGAUAUUUUCUUUCUUGCUUGCAAUACCAUUGGUGUCCUUUUGCGUGAUGCUUAUCUUCCUGAGCUUCAGUCGAAGCUUCAGGAAAUUGACUCCCCCUUGAUCCAGAACUUCGACCCUUUGGAUCAUAAUCACAUUGCAGAUCGUAAGUACCAAGACCUUUCUGAGGAUUGCCGUAUCCAACUCGCCAAUGUUUUUACCAGGGUCGCUGCAUCCGCACUCUUUAUUUCAUCCUUCCUCAUCUCCUUCCCCGCGUUGCCAAGUACCUCAUCCAUCAGGGAUGGGUAUCUAGCCAUGCUGCCCAAGAUAUCAUCAGUCAACAUCUUCCUCGUCCGGAACCCCACUCCUUUGAAGCCCAAACUUUGCGGGCCACCGAAUCAAUUGGUGCCUCUGCCAUCUCCCAAGACUCUGACUUUCAAAUUCCUCCUCUUCCCACUGUUCAUUGUUGUGCCAGAAGGGCUACAACUGUCUAUAAAGAUUAAGGUAUUCUUGAUGGGUAGAUAUGUCUGUGUUGUGCAACAACAUGGACAAGCUAUGAUAAGUGAUGAAGUGCAUCUCAGCUAUCUAAAUACUGAGGUUCACCAGAUGUGA